AUGAAUUAUCCUACGCAAGAAGCAGCAUGUACAAAUGGAAUUUAUCCACUUCAUAGUGGUUAUUGUGGUGCAUGUUCGUCACAUCAAGAUAUUAAUAUUUUUAAUACAACACGAAAUAAUAUGACAAAUAUUGCAACAAAAUGUGCUGUAAAAUAUGUUUUAUUUGGUAAAAAUUCAGCAAUCAGACGUAUGAAUAAAGCUGCUGCUUUAAGUGUUAAGUGUACUGAAUGUUGGGUAGAAAAUAUGGGAUGUGAUGUUGCGCACUGUAUGAGUAAACGUGCCAUUGAUCAUACAUUUAUUAUUAUUAACCUUUUGCGCGUUAAUAAUACAAAACCGGAGGGUUCAUUAGAUGAUUGUUUGACAUGCAAUGAAGGUAAACAGCAUUCGGAAAUGUAUCAUUAUAUGUCGAAAUGUCAUGUCUCCUCUGAGAGUAAUUUUUUUGUUUUAGCUUAUUGUGGUAAACCGUUUAUUGUGUGUUCUGGUGUAAAUCGUCGUGCAGCCAUUAUGUCUGAUAUUGAUCGUCCACAACAUACAAUCUGGAAACGUUACGCCUGCUAA